AUGACAAAGAACACAAAGGUCUCCAAGGCGGAUCAGGGAGCUCAGGGGGCCAUGGCAGGGCAGACAGUCGAAGGGGCCAUGGCAGAACAGGGAGCUCAGGGGGCCAUGGUGGGGCAAACAGUCCAAGGGGCCAUGGCGAAGCAGAGAGCUCAGGGAGCCAUCUCUCACUGCACCGUCCCAGCAUCAGUUCUUCUGGCAUACGACCCCGCCCUGUCACCUGAACAGCUUCCCCACCCGACGAACACCCAAUUCUCAGAGGCAUUCUUCAGGACUGAUCCCAGGGAGGAAAUUUUGAGAAUUGUGGACAUUGUAAAGAAAUCCAGCUCUAAAGUGAUUGUUGCUUUUGUUUCCUAUUCAGACAUGGAAAUUCUUCUAGGGGAAAUAGCUCAACAGAAUAUUACUGGACUACAGUGGAUUGGUAGUGAAUCAUGGAUCUCUGAUAUGAACAUUGCUACUGGUAAAUGGCAACAAAUUCUUAGAGGGUCCAUGGGCUUUGCCAUUCCAAAAGCUGAGAUAAGAGGCCUAAAACAUUUUCUGACUAAACUUAACCCGUCUUCUGACAUAGAACUGCAUAAAGAGUUGUGGGAAACUAUAUUUCAAUGUAAACUUCCUCCACAAGAAACUUCUGGAAGCCAAAUUAUGUGCAAAGGCAAUGAAAGUUUUAACAAUGUGCAGAACCAGUACACAGAUGUCACAGAAUUACAAAUUGCCAAUAAUGUUUACAAGGCUGUGUAUGCUGUCGCUUAUGCUUUGAACAGCACACUCAGUUGUUCAAAAUGGGACUCAAACCAAAGCAAAUGCCUGGAGAAAGUCAACAACACGUGGCAGGUACUUAAUGCCUUGAGGGAAGUGAGUUUCUUCACUGAAACAGGUGAAAAGGUGUUCUUUGAUAAAAAUGGAGAUCCGGCAGCAAGGUAUGAUCUGUUGAACUGGCAGCAGGGGGAUGAUGGUACAACACAGUUUGUUAAAGUGGGUUUCUAUGAUGCAUCUUUACAAUCAGAAUUUCAGCUUUCAUUUAACAACAUCAGCAUAGUGUGGGCCAGAAAUCAACACCAGGUACCUGUGUCUGUGUGCAGUGAGAGCUGUCCCACAGGCACUAGGAAGGCUGUGCAAAAAGGAAAACCUGUCUGCUGUUAUGACUGUAUUCCAUGUGCAGAAGGAGAAAUAAGUAAUAAGACAGAUUCAGUGAUGUGUCUCAAGUGCCCCCCAGAAUUUUGGUCAAACAAAUGGAAAGAUACAUGUGUCCCAAAACUUGUGGAAUUCCUAUCAUUUGAAGAAGUGAUGGGAAUUAUUCUAGUACUGUUUUCUUUAUUGGGUGUGUCUUUUACAUUAGGUAUUGCAGUAGUUUUCUUUGUACAUAAAGACACCCCCAUAGUAAAAGCCAACAACUCAGAGCUGAGCUUCCUGCUGCUCUUCUCAUUGACUCUGUGUUUUCUCUGUUCACUUACUUUCCUUGGACGGCCCACUGAGUGGUCCUGUAUGUUGCGUCACACAGCAUUUGGGAUCACUUUUGUCCUCUGUAUCUCCUGCGUUUUGGGGAAAACAAUUGUUGUGUUAAUGGCCUUCAGGGCUACACUUCCAGGAAGUAAUGUCAUGAAAUGGGGUACCACCUCCAGUCUCGUCCGGUUUCCACCCUCAGACUAA